ACUUGAUUAUCUGACAUAUUAAGUCACAUUUGAUAAUUAUUUUUCGUGCCAUGUAAAAUAUAUAUAAACGACAGUAAAAUCUUAAAAAACACGUUUCAUUAUUCUAUUAUUUAUUAGUCAAAUUUAUUAUUACUCAGAACGAUUGCUAAUUGCAAAUCUUCUGCAGAUUCAGUAAAAUUAAUGUUUGGCAUUAUAACCCCGACUGGUCAUUCAGUUAGUGUUAUUGAAAUAAACGUAUGAAUCCACAAUCUUGUACAUGGCCACAAAAAUCGAUGAGAACCCGAUAAAACGGUACAAACCUUCCAGUCCGACACCUCAGUUGAGAUAUAAUCAAGAAAACGGCAGUAAGAUAAUGGGUCCUGUUAUGGAAAUUUCUUCUGAAAAUAAUAUUGUAUCUGAAAAAGUAAUUAUACUUGAUGCUGGUGCUCAAUAUGGAAAAGUAAUUGAUCGUAAAGUUAGAGAAUUAUGUGUUGAAAGUGAUAUCUUACCAUUACAAACUUCUGCAUUAACAAUUAAAGAAAAAGGAUACAAAGCUAUCAUUAUAUCUGGCGGGCCAAAUUCAGUUAAUGACUCAGAUGCACCUAAUUAUGAUCCAGAUAUAUUUAGAAUAGGAUUACCCGUUUUAGGAAUUUGCUAUGGUAUGCAAAUGAUGAAUAAAGAAUUUGGUGGGCAGGUUGCUCCUACUGUAGGUCGGGAAGAUGGAAUUUACAAUGUUGAUAUUGACCCUCAGUGUUUACUGUUUAAAUCAUUAUCAAAAACACAAAGUGUCCUUUUAACUCAUGGAGAUCAUGUAGUAAAAGUAGCUGAUACUUUCAAAGUGAUAGCUACAUCUAACAAUAUGAUAGCUGCAAUAGGCAACGAUAGUAAAAAAUUAUAUGGACUUCAAUUUCAUCCAGAGGUUAAUCUAACUGAACAUGGUACUCAAAUGUUAAAAACAUUUUUGUAUGAAGUGGCUAGUUUAAAUGGAGUCUAUACAGUUAAAAGUCGUGAAGAAGAAUGUAUUCAAUAUAUCAAAGAGAGUGUUGGACAAAAUAAAGUUUUGGUUCUUUUAAGUGGGGGUGUUGAUUCUACAGUUUGUGCUGCACUUUUGCAUAAAGCUUUAAAUCCUCAACAAGUAAUAGCUGUUCAUAUAGAUAAUGGUUUUAUGAGAAAAUACGAGAGUGAAAAAGUUAUGCAAUCUCUAACAGCUAUAGGACUUGAUGUUAAAGCUGUUAAUGCUAUGUAUGAUUUUAAGUAUGGAACUACAAUUUUACCAGAUUUACAUGUAGCCAAUCGUACUAGAAUUUCAUUACCAUUAUGUCAAGUUAAUAAUCCAGAAGAGAAAAGAAAAAUAAUUGGUGAUGUUUUUGUUAAGACUGCAGACAAGUUCCUGAAAUCAUUAAAUUUAUCCUCUGAUGAUGUACUUUUGGCCCAAGGUACUCUUCGGCCCGAUUUAAUUGAAUCAGCUUCACGACUGGCUAGUAAUCAUGCUGAUACUAUAAAAACACAUCAUAAUGAUAGUAAACUUAUAAGGGAAUUGCGAGAUAAAGGACGUGUUAUUGAACCUUUACAAGAUUUCCACAAAGAUGAGGUUAGAAGAUUAGGAAUAGAUUUAGGGCUUAGUGAAAGUAUUGUAUAUCGGCAUCCAUUUCCAGGGCCAGGCUUAGCUAUACGUGUGAUUUGUGGUGAAGAACCAUAUAUUGAAAAAGAUUUUUCUGAAACCCAAGUUUUAGUAAAAAUUGUAGUAGAAUAUGAUGACAUGGUUUUAAAGAGUCAUGCACUCUUAAAUCGUAUAGAAAAUGCUACAUCUGAAAAUGAGAGAAAUAUGUUAGUAGAAAUAUCAAAAAAACAAAAAAUGACUGCAACAUUACUACCUAUUAAAAGUGUUGGAGUGCAAGGUGACAAACGUACUUAUAGCUAUGUGGUAGCUAUUUCUUGUACUGAUCCUGAACCUAUCUGGGAAGAUUUAUUUUAUCUAGCCAGAAUUAUACCUAGAGUGUGUCACAAUGUCAAUAGAGUGUGUUAUGUGUCUGGUCCACCAGUUAAUUAUCAAGUAUUAGAUAUCACAAGCACAUAUUUAAAUAGCAGUGUUGUUAAUUUACUUAAAGAAGCUGAUCAUGUUGUUAAUAAGGUGUUAGCAGAAUGUCCUAUAAGUAUGCGUAAAAUUAGUCAAAUGCCUGUAAUUUUGAUUCCUGUUCAUUUUGAUCGGGAUAUAGCUUAUCGUCAUCCUUCUUGCCAGCGUUCAAUUGUUAUUAGGCCUUUCAUUACAGAAGAUUUUAUGACUGGUAUUCCUGCAUUACCCGGCAAACAUAUACCAGCUGCAUUGGUUCUAAAAAUGAUGGCUGCUGCUCAAGAAAUAUCUGGUAUAUCUCGAGUACUGUAUGAUUUGACGUCAAAACCUCCUGGCACAACGGAAUGGGAAUAAUUUUUCUUUUGAUAAUUGUUUGAUAACAUACUUAUAUAAUGUAUGUUUUAAAGAUACCAAAUUAUAUAAAAAAAAAAUCUUAAGAUAAUACUUGCUCACUGGUGAUUUCAAUCAGUUAACAUCUCUAUUACUGUUACUACUUUCUGUACUGGUUUCCCAAUAAAUUUAAUAUUUAUACUAGUGUACUAUCUUCUGGUUUUAAAUUAAACUAUUGUUUAUUUGUAACGAGACAUGAAAAGUCUUG